AUGCAGGGCGGCCAGAAACUGGCCCUGCCGCCAUGGAUGAAGGCCAAGCGCCCGUACUUUAUCAGCGACUGCGAGAAGGCCUUCAAGUGGUUGGAGGCAAAGGUGCGCGAGACGACGUCUUGGGACCAGUUCCUCGACCUUGGCUGCGGCUCCGGUGAACUGACCCGCUGCAUCGUCAAAGAGUUCGGGGGUCUCCAUCGCGUUAUCGUCGCCACAGAAAGGUCGCUUGACGUGAUUAAGGUUCUUCGCCGCAACGCGGCCCAGCGCGACAUCCUCUACGAGGUGCUGGACGUGGAACGUGACGUGGACGAGGCGCUGUCCAGCUGGGGCCAAUUCCGGCGGAUUUUUUCCCUCUACCAGCUGGAGACCGUGCGGGACAAGCAGCGCGCGCUGAACAACAUUCGCCGGCUGCUAUGGGAACAGGGCGGCGAGCUGUUCCUUAUGUUCCGCGUCCGCUCCAACCUGGUGCCGCUGUACCAGAUGCUCGCCGAUGAAGGGCGCUGGACCGAGCUGGCCGCGGACUACAAGGCAUUUCUUCUGAAGCUGCCCGAGGGAGACAAAGGUUCCGAGCUCGUAUGCAAGAUGAUGGAAAACGCCGGGUUAAAGGUGAAACUGAGCAAAUUACUGGAGACCAACUGGCGGCUGUCCACCACGGAGAGCCUGGACGACCUGAUCAUGGGCACUUGCCCAGUGAUGCACCGAGUGCCUCCAGAGCUGCGUGACGAGUUCGUGCGCGACUGCGCGAACGCCGCAGCGCGGGUGCUGCCACGAAGCGGCGACGAGCUCACCUUCUCGUACACCACGUUCAUGGCCUGGGCCGAGGUCGACCCGGCCAAGGCGGCCGGCGACGUUCUCGACACGAUUGCGGCGCGGUUUUUCAGGCGCCGCCGAACCAUUGUUUAGACCAACUCCCGCUAGUGCACUCCU